GAAAGAGGUGAAGCAGAAGCCUUCCUGAAGAAUCUCCAGAACACGCAGAAACAGUUUGCUACAUUUAAAAGACAAAUGAAGCCAAGUCCCAACAUGGAGAAACAUCAGCACUCUGUCAAGAGUUUUACUAAACAGAGUAAUCUCAAAAAACACCAGCGCAUUCACACAGGAGAAAAAACGUAUUUCUGCUCAGAUUGUGGGAAGAGUUUUACUCAACAGAGUGAUCUCAAAAAACACCAGCGCAUUCACACAGGAGAGAAACCGUAUCACUGCUCAGACUGUGGAAAGAGUUUUACUGAACAGAAUCAUCUCAAACUGCACCAGCGCAUUCACACAGGAGAGAAACCGUAUCACUGCUCAGACUGUGGAAAGAGUUUUACUCAACAGAGUAAUCUCAAAAAACACCAGCGCAUUCACACAGGAGAGAAACCGCAUUACUGCUCAGACUGUGGGAAGACUUUUACGCAACAGAGUCAUCUCAAAAACCACCAGCGCAUUCACACAGGAGAGAAACCGUAUUACUGCUCAGACUGUGGGAAGAGUUUUAUUGAACACACUGAUCUCAAACGACACCAGCGCAUUCACACUGGAGAGAAACCGUAUUACUGCUCAGACUGUGGGAAGAGUUUUAAUCAACUGAGUCAUUUAAAAAAUCACCAGCGCAUUCACACAGGAGAGAAACCGUAUUACUGCUCAGACUGUGGGAAAAGUUUUACUAAACAGAGUAAUCUCAAAAUACAUCAGCGCAUUCACACAGGAGAGAAACCGUAUCACUGCUCAGAGUGUGGGCAGAGUUUUAAUCAACAGAGUCAUUUAAAAAAACACCAGCGCAUUCACACGGGAGAGAAAACUAUCCCAAAUUUGUCCCACGGCAAUUAAAAGUGCAAAUCGUAAAUCUUUCAGACAGAACACCUUAUCCUACACAAAUGUUUUACCUUGUCAUUUGGGACACGUUCCACCAGAAACAAACAUGAACUGAAUUUAACAAUGGAUUUUACAGGUUCAGCAAAAUGAAUUUUAUCCAGGGAUGAUGUUUAUUGAAUUCCAUGUUAUGUUUUCUUGUAUGUUUGAUAUUCCAGGACAUUGUUCGUGAGACAGAGCUCAGUUUUUAGGGUAGUUACAGUAGGAGUUCAGUUCUGAAGAAGGGAAGGUCGUUUAAGUUCGAGUGAGGGCACUGCCAGUGCUUGCACCAGAUGUUAGGUUAGCAUAACUUAGUCUUUAAAAUUCAGAUGUUGUAGUCGUUAGGAGUAGAGUAGGAUUCUUAGCUUGCAUCCAAGCGUUUUGGAUCAAAACUUAAGUGCUUAUGCUUAGAAGGUUUUAAAAGCAUUUAAUCGCUUUUCUAGUACAUGCAGAUUUAAUUAUUUCCAUUAAUUUCCAGUAUCUCUGUUUUCACUCUGUGGAAGCCGUGCUUAGUUUCCCAAGCUUAGCUUAAUGCUAAUAACCACCAGGCCCAUCCAUAUAAAAAGGAGAAGGGGAAAACACCAACUGAGCCACUGCAGAGAGAGUGAUCACAAAAGUGAGACCCAGAGCCACAGAGAGACGAGACUGAGCCAGGUACUGCCGUGUGGACCGGAGGAGCAUCCAGACUCUGCAGAGAGGCCAAAAAAAAUCCUUUCCAGAGGUUAAAUAAAACGCUCUAGCCGUAGUUCUCUUACUGAAAUCCACCCACUCCAGACUUGUGUAGGUUGCGGGCUCAUUCAUUCCCUCUGAUGGUGUUCUCGUUUGUCUAUGGUUCAGUCGUUCUGAUUAAAAAUCUGUUACCAUAGAGGGAUAUAGAGGUAUAUUUGGUUGCUGUAUUACUCAGGCUAUAUACUCUUAUCCUUUCCUUAUUGGAUAUCAUAUCUUGCUUAAUGUUUUUUUUGUGAUCUCCAAAGUUUCUAAGAACAUCCAAAUUUUUUUUUUCUUUUUUUUUAUCCAGUACCAACUAUUAUGUUUGUAUUGCUUCACUUCUAUAUUUUCU